AUGGGCAACCUCGCGUCCAAGGUCAAGCUAUACUUAGCUGCCACAGCGCAGCUCAAAGAGACAUUCGACCUUCUCAACAAGCGCAUCGAGACACCGCCAGGCAUCCCUGUCCCUAAUCCUACUCGUCCGUUCUGGACCGUCCCUGCGUCCGCAAUAUCGACCCAUGAUGAGCCCUUCCCAUACAACGCGGAUAUUGUCAUCGUUGGAUCAGGGAUAACGGGAACGUCUGUGGCGUAUAAUAUCCUUUCGAAUGGCAGCAAGGCACGGAUUGUUAUGCUCGAGGCACGAGACGUGUGCUCGGGUGCAACUGCAAGGAAUGGUGGUCAUAUAAAUCCGCCUCUUUACCACGAUUACUCUGAGCUGGAGGAGAGCUUCGGCGAGGAUGCUGCCAAGCGGAUGAUAAGGUUUCGUCUCGCACACCAGAAGGAGAUGCAGCGAAUCGCGGAGAAAGAGUGUAUUGUCAAGGAAUCUCAGGUUCGCGAAACAGAGCACCUGGAUGUCUACACUUGCCCGGAGACCUAUACGGAGGCCAAGGAGAACCUACGCAAAUGGAAGUCUGCCAUGCCGGAUGAGUCGAAGACGUUCGGGUUCAUGGAUGCUAAGGAAGCCGUUGAGAAAUACCAUCUCUCACCAGACACACUGGGGUGCAUUUACGGCUCUGGCGGAGCAAUGCACCCUUACAGGUUCGUUACUUCGCUUCUCGCGAAGUUGCUGGACAAGCAUUCCGACAACUUCCAUGUCGCAACGCAUACACCGUGCCUUGCUAUCAUCGCUCCAAGUGCUGACAGUCCUCACUAUGUCAUCGAAACAUCAAGAGGACCUAUUACAGCCCUGCACAUCGUACACGCCACGAACGGCUGGUGCUCACAUCUACUCGAGCCCCUUCGUACAAAGGUCAUCCCGGCGCGAGGUGUCAUGUCUGCCCAGCGUCCAGGUACGCUCCUGCGCAACUCGACACUCGACGGCUACCGGUCCUUCGUCUUCUACCGCGGCACAAGCGGAUACGACUACCUCACCCAGCUCCCGACGGGCGAGCACGAGCUGAUGUACGGCGGCGGCUGGGCGCAGUCGUGCGAGAAUAGCCUGCCCGACAUCGGCAUCACCGACGACUCCGUCUUCAACUUCGCCGGCGCAGCGCACCUCGCGGGCUCCCUGCCGCUCUAUUUCGGCGGGGACAACUGGGGUGGAGAGGCUGUCCCUGCGGAGGAGCCGGAGGGGGAGGUGCGCUGGGGUAUCGGGCGCACAAAGGCGCAGUGGUCUGGUAUUCUGGGCAUCUCGACUGAUCUCCUGCCUUGGGUUGGGCGGCUGCCCGCCAAGGUGUCGGGGCGGCCAGAACCCCGCGCCUCAUCCGCGGAUCGCUUUGUUCCCGUGUCGGAGAAAGAAGGGUCUUGCUUGCACCUGGCCUCGCCGGGAGAGUGGCUCGCGGCAGGGUACACGGGCGAGGGCAUGGUGCACGCCUGGAUGAGCGGCAGGGCGCUCGCGUACAUGAUACUCGAUCAGGAGGACGCUCUCGAGGACUGGUUCCCGGAUAUUCUGCGGGUGACGGAGAAGCGGUGGAAGAAAGCGAGCGUGGACACGCUUGUAGCCCGGUUCAUGUAG